AUGCAUAGUUUACGAGCUGAACUUGAGAGAUUACAAUUGAGGGCACAAAAUUACAAUCCAUUUAUUCGCAUACAAGAUAAUGAUUGGGAACAAGAGAGAAGGGACUUAAUUGAUCAAAUUGAUUCAUUAGAGGAUAAAUUAUCACAAGAGCAAAUAAAUAGAGAAAAUUCAAUUAAUUCUCUAAACAAUCAAUUAGAAGAAUAUAGAAACAUUAUCGGACAACUCGGAAAUGAAGCACAACCAAGAAAUAGCGAUGAUACAAUUAAUUCUCUAAUUAAUCAAUUAGAAGAAUAUAGAAACAGGAUCAGACAACUCGAAAAUGAAGCACAAUCAAGAAACAAUCAAUUAGCAAUAUGCAAAAAUAGAAUCAAACAACUCGAAAAUUUAGUACAAGCAAGAAAUUGCGACAAUACAAUUACUUCUCUAAACAAUCAAUUAACGAUACGUAGAAACAGAAUCAGACAACUAGAAAAUGAAGCAAGAAACAGAGAUGAUACAAUUAAUUCUCUAAAUAAUCAAUUAACAAUAUGCAAAAAUAGAAUCAAACAACUCGAAAAUGAAGCUCAAACAAGAGAUAAUGAUGAUACAAUUAAUUCUCUAAAUAAUCAAUUAACAAUAUGCAAAAAUAGAAUCAAACAACUCGAAAAUGAAGCUCAAACAAGAGAUAAUGAUGAUACAAUUAAUUCUCUAAAUAAUCAAUUAACAAUAUGCAAAAAUAGAAUCAAACAACUCGAAAAUGAAGCUCAAACAAGAGAUAAUGAUGAUACAAUUAAUUCUCUAAAUAAUCAAUUAACAAUAUGCAAAAAUAGAAUCAAACAACUCGAAAAUGAAGCUCAAACAAGAAAUAGAGAUAUAUCAGAGUUGCGUAAUAUCCAAGUUUUAUUACAAGGAAUUAGAAUGCCUCAAGUUAUACAAGUCCCUAUAACCACAAAUAAAGAUAAGAAAGUAUUUUAUAAGUUUAAAUCUAUAAUUGAAAAUCAAGCAAAUAAACCUAACAAUUUUGGUGUUAAAGAAGAUCUUUUAAGAGAAAUGGUAGCCACGAUUCAGAGUUUGUUAACAAAGAAAACAUCACCAAAUGCAGACGAAGUCGAUAAUUUCAUACAAAGAAUGACUGAUGUCUUAAGUAAAUUGGAAAGAAUAAUUAAUUUCAAUUAA